GAUCGAGAGUAUGCCAUUCAAGUGGAAACUCCCCUCGGGGAUUGCUUUGCCCAAGAAGUUGUUUAUGAAUAUGUCCCCCAUUAUUGCAAUAACUGCCACCACAUAGGCCACUUGCCUUCUAAAUGCAGCACAAUGGAUAUGGAACCCAAAGGAAAAAAGAGUCAUGCCCAACCUGUAAAGCAAAUGACAACACAAGGCAAGGGGGUCCACAUGGCUUCUAAGGGGCAUCACCAACCGUCAGGCAACCAAGCUAAACAACCGAAGUCCCCAGUCCACGCCACCAAGUCCGCUGGAGAUAAUGAGCCGACAAAUAAGGGUGGAGACCAAACCCUUCAGAAUGAGAUAAACCAAGAGAACAAGCAGCUCUCCAAAGCAGAGGGUAAGCGACCCAUGAUAAUCAGCGAACCCGAGGUCGAUCAAGGCCUUGAUG